AGGUGUCACCAAAGCUUGAUAUCAUAGCAGAACCUGUCCACAGAACCCGAAAAACUAUCAUGCUACCUUUUGGCCUUCGCCGCGGACGACUGGGUCGCAACCACAUGCCUCUAGAACCUCCAAACAACGUGACCAACGACUCCGACCCUGAAGAGGCCUCGGCCGAAGAUCUACCAGAGCCAGAACCUGAGAUCUUCUACCCAAGUCUAUGGGACGUCCUCAAAGUCCGAUAUCUACUGCAAUGGAAGCUCGCAAACGGCCUCCCGGAGGAGUUAAUCGACAUGAUCGUCGACGUAGCCGAGUACUGGGCCUCGGUGGAGCACAAGAUGCAAGGGAAAAGGAUUAUCCAGAAAGACUGUGAUCAAGUACUCCUAAAGACAGUACCGCUCUGCUACGAUCGAAAUAGCCUAGAAAAAGACACACCAUCAAAACCCCUCCCCCACCGCGGCGCCCACCCCUGCCGCAAGAUAAUAUUCAAGCUCUCAUCACACGACCAAGGCCGUGGCCGACGCCACGAGAACAUGUACGAAUUCUCGUGGACAUGGUUCGACACGGAAGUCAUCCACGGCGCGCACGAGCGUAAGAUGUAUAUCAAUGGUGAAGAGCAAGAAAUCCUCGACAACGAGCGUGGGCAGGAGCGGAAACACUAUACGGAGGCAGAUGCGCUGCUUCUUCCACGCGGCAAUAAGUUGCAGGUUAAUGGUGCUCAUGUUGGGGAGAUGCAGCAUGUUGAGAUUGUUUGGGAUUAUCGGGAUGGGAUUCAGCCUGAGUCGGCAGAGGCUGAUGAGAUUGAGAAAAAUCUGGGACGGGGGAGGCUUACGCUUGAGGGACGAGGGGUGCGUGAGUUGGAGGUUGGGGAUUCUAUUGCUCUUUGGGCUAGAGCGAGGUUUCCGGGUUGGUCUAAUCAUGUUGAAAGGGCUUGUAUGAGGGUUUUUUGGGCUGUUUGAGCUGUAGAGAUAUGAUGCACAUGAUGAUUAUACAGACUAUUGAAUAUCCAACAAUGAAGAUAUUAACUGAUAGUCAUAGUCAAGCUGAGGUUAUAGUUCGGUCAACGUGAACUUGCUAUAUUGUGGCCUUGUUCUUAAGGCAACUAUUGAGCACGCAAUUUCGCCAAGGCCACCCGAUCACCAAACAGUCGCAGUAUAAGAUCAAAUAGCGCCCUCGAGAUGCU